AUGUAUGCUUUCUGGAAUGUUCCAUCACGCACGCACCGUUCGAACGCUCUCGCGACACUGGGCUCCCCGCAUCACCGCUUCCCCAAUGACCCGACGGCCGUGAAGUACGGGCGCAAGGUUGCGCAGUCUCCCCGGCUGGCGGGGCCUCCGCCCCCUGCCUCGCCCGCCACUCCCCGCCUCGCUCCGCCACGCCCCGCCUCGCCGCGCCUCGCCCCGCCCCGCCCCGCCUCGCCGAGGUGGGGUCCAUAA